AUGACAUUCAUGACACAUUUGAAAUGGUUCAACAAUUUGUUUCAAAGAAGUGAGAACAAAUUUGUUUAUGUCCCAAUAUCAUUGUGUCAUAGCAAAGCUCAGUUUCACAAUAACAACCUUAAACAACCAAAACCAAACCAAAUCCUUAAGAAUUACCUUGAAUGCAACAAUCACACCAAAGUGCUUCUACUCUUUAGAACCUUAUUAAGAAAAAAAACAUCAACUUUCAACUCCAUUGAUAGCUUUUCUUUCUUGUAUGCUCUUAAAGCCUGCAUCAAUAAGAAACAUUCUUUUAUCCAUGGAAAACAAAUGCAUGCCCUUAUCAUAAAAUUUGGAUAUGAAUCCAUAAUUCAACUCCAAACAUCCCUUUUGAAAGUAUAUGCUGAAGGGGGAAACUUAUUUGAUGCACACCAAGUGUUUGAGGGAAUACCUGAAAAGAAUAUUAUAUGUUGGACAUCUUUGAUUUCUGCUUAUGUUGAAAAUCAUAGACCAAACGAAGGUUUGGAAUUGUUUAGAUUGAUGCUUAUGAACAAUGUGGAACCUGAUCAAGUCGUUGUGACGGUUGCUCUAUCGGCUUGUGCUGAUACUGGGGGACUUGAAAUGGGUGAAUGGAUUCAUGAUUUUGUUCGGCGUAAACAAGGGAUGAAGAUAGAUCUGUGUUUCAAUAAUGCUCUCAUAAAUAUGUAUGCUAAAUGUGGUGAUAUUGUAAAUGCAAGGAAGUUGUUUGAUAGUACAAGAAACAAAGAUGUCACAACUUGGACUUCUAUGAUUGUAGGGCAUGCACUACAUGGACAAGCACAUGAAGCUCUACAACUUUUCUCGCAAAUGAACACAGGGAGGGACAAGAAAAAUUCGAGUUCCUCUAACUUUAUUGUAUCACCGAAUGAUGUAACGUUCAUUGGAGUUUUAAUGGCUUGCAGCCAUGCGGGGUUGGUUGAGGAAGGGAAAUGCCAUUUCAGAAGUAUGACAGAAGAGUAUGGCAUACAACCUAGAGAGCCUCACUUUGGCUGCAUGGUGGAUCUCUUAUGUAGAAACGGGAAUCUGAGAGAUGCCUAUAACUUCAUUAUGGAGAUGACGGUGCCUCCGAAUGCAGUAAUAUGGCGAACCUUGCUGGGGGCGUGCAGCCUCCAUGGCGAUUUAGAGCUAGGUACAGAAGUUCGACGUAAGCUUCUCAACUUGGACCCUGGCUAUGUUGGUGAUAGUGUUGCUAUGUCGAAUAUUUAUGCAGAUAAAGACAUGUGGAAUAAAAAGUUUAUUGUUAGGAAUCAAAUUACAAAAUCAAGACCUCCUGGCUUCAGUUCAGUUGAGGUGGGAAGUGUGGUUAGUCAAUUUGUAACUUCAAAUAAUAAUCUUCCUUGAAUCACAGAUAUAUGAUGUUCUUCAACAUUUGAUGAAAAGUGUGAGAAUUUAUGUGGUUACUUCCAUUGUCCUUGUAGCCUAAAAGGGCUGUUUAUAUGUACAUGGAAAUUCAGAAAAGCUGUUUAGUUUGGUUUUUCUUUUCUUGUCCAUCCCAUCUUUAGUUGUAAACAAAAUCAGAAUAGAAACCAAUUCAAAGGAAUUCCAACAACAAAAGUGGUACCAUAUUAUUUCUCAAAGUUCAGUUGUUACCUUCUUUAACUGUAAAUCGAUGAAAUUCAGUUAGCUAGCUUUCAGUUUAAAGCAGAAUUGAUUGUUCCAUAUUACUCUAGCCUACAUGCGGAUUUAGAGCUAGCUACAGAAGUUCAGCAUAAAUUGCUCAACUUAGACCCUGGCUAUGUUGGUGACUGUGUUGCUAUGUUGAAUAUUUAUGCAGAUAAAGACAUGUGGAACAAAAAGAUUAUUUGUAGGAAUCAGAUUAAACAACCAAAAGCUCGUGGCUACAGCUUAAUUGAGGUGGGAAGUGUGGUUAGUCAAUUUUUAACUUAAAAUGAUAAUCUUCCUUUAACUACAGAUAUAUGAUGUUGUGUUUUAUCAGAAGUAUGAAAGGUUAUGGUUAUUUCCCAUGACCUUGAGUAUUUGUUUUUUCUUUUCUCCCUUUCAACCCGUUCUGUCCAAUCGCAUCGUUAUUUGUAAACAAAACCAGACUAGAAACCAACUAAAAGAUUCCAUCAACAAAAGUUGUACCAACUUAUGUCUCAAAAAUCAGUUGUAAGUUGUAACCUUUUUCAAAUGUAAACCAGUAAAGUUCAAUCUCCUUGCACUCAGUUUAAAGAAGAAUUUCCAAUUUUUGUUGAUGUUUUAUACUAAGGGGGGUAAAAAUUGGCAGAAAA